CUUACCAAAAGCUAGAAUAUGUUUCAUUGUUUAGAAAGCUUAUAGAACGAUGAUUCGGUGCGUCGCGUGGACACCACUAGUAGGUGCUCCUUUCAUCAAGACCGUCCAUUUCACAUCACCAUCAUCUUUCAGAAUCUUCGCAUCUCGUUCUUCCCCGUCAUCGUCACCGUCGACAGUUGCAGCAUCUAGAAGAUCAAUAUCUCUGUCUAUUAUCGCCGUCACGUCAUCCGUCGUCUCCUCCCUUGGCUUCUCUUCUCCGGCUCAAGCUGAAUUCUCCGAAAUCCCGGAUUCCGGCGGAGUUAAGAGUCUCGACCUCCGAAUCGGUGACGGUGAAGUUCCCAUUGAAGGAGACCAGAUUGAAAUACAUUACUAUGGGAGGUUGGCUGCAAAGCAAGGAUGGAGAUUUGAUUCAACAUAUGAUCAUAAAGACAGUAGUGGUGAAGCUGUUCCUUUCACAUUCGUCCUUGGUUCUAGCAAAGUAAUUCCGGGAAUUGAAACAGCUGUAAGGUCUAUGAAAGUAGGCGGGAUUCGUCGCGUGAUUAUACCUCCAUCUCAAGGAUACCAAAAUACAUCACAAGAACCUCUUCCACCAAACUUCUUUGACAGACAGAGACUCUUCACGACUAUCUUUAACCCAACACGUCUUGCCAAUGGAGAAGGUUCAACUCUUGGAACUCUUGUUUUUGACAUCGAACUAGUCAGCACCAGACGACGCCUUAAGCGAUGAGUCAUACUCUCAAUACUACUAAUUGAUAUAAAUCAAGUUUGAGUAUGUGUAAGCAUUUUGGAUAUUCUAUAAGAUACGUGAGUGGAAUAUCAACUUUUAUAUAAAUGACGUUUCAUUAUGUCUCUUUUUACA